AAGAAAAGUUGAAAGUAUUGUAACAAUUUAUGAGGAAAGUACAUCAAUGAAGAAAAUCGAUAAAAAACCUGAAACACAUAUUAGAAAGCUCAAUGAGGAUUUUAAAAAGUUUGAUUUUUAUGAUAUUCCUUCAAGUUAUAAUCAAUAUAAUAAAUUUGAUGACACUAUUUACGUUUUCAUUAAUAAUUCCAAUAUUUUAGCUAAAUUCAGUUCAUAUUAUCAAUUUAAAUUUAGAAACUGCAAACUAAAGGUUAAAAAGAUGCCAAAUGUAUCCAUGUUAGAUUAUGAUUCUCUUUUCAAAAUCAUAGAAAAAGGAAGAAAUGUCUAA